GUACGUAUAAGAUUUCAACUCACAAACCCUAGAUCAUGCUGGCUCUGAUACCAAAUGAUGGCUCUAAAUGAAUAUCACUACAUAUUGGAACUACACUCUAGAACUAGAAUUAGAACUACAUGAGAAAGAAGAUGAUCAAAAGCUCAUCUAUUUUGCAAAUAAAUUGCUUUAUAUAGCCAGUUUACAUGAGAUAAUGGCCACACAAACUUCCUAAACUAUAGUCAUAUUCAAACGUGUAUAACCAACCACCUAAGCAACUAAGCAUUAAUAAUGCCUAAACAAUAGCUAACACUACUUAGACUUAUUCAAAUGAUAACAAAUACAUAAUUAAUGAAUAAAUGAACCAAAUAACUAAUAGCUAAAUUUAAGAUUAUUCCAACACCGCAUGGAAUCGCCAAUUGCAAACCUCACCUACAGAUCAUCCCACAAAUCGUGAACAUCAUCCAUGUAGGCGAUAUUCGAUCGUAGGGAUGAGUCAAUUGCCGUCAUAACCCAUCCCACCAGCAUUGAGUUAACGUUGAUCCAAUCCACAAUGCCUUCAUUGUGUUCAGUCGGUCAGGUAAUGGUGCCAUCCAUGAAGCCAAUCUUCCAUUUAGCAUGGAAGGCAUUUUGCAUGGCGACUCAUUGCAAGUAAUUCCCUUCCCCUUUCAAGGUGAACCCACAGAUGUUCUGCCCUGGAGAAUCUGAGCUCGCCAAGUAAUAUGGGGAAGUGGGAUCGGUAAUUUUUCUAGGGGUGAGCAUUCGGUCGGUCGGUCAAAUAUCCGACCGAUAACCGAAUAACCGAUAAAUAUUUUUUACUCAAAUAACCGACCGAAAACCGACCGACAACAUUACAAAAACCGACCGAAAAAUGUCAUUCGGUUUCGGUCGGUAACUGAAUAACCGACCAUAAUCGGUCGGUGGAAUUUUUUGAUGAAAUUUUAAUGUCAUGUUCUUCAUCAAGUAUAGUUCAUACAUACCAAAUUUAAGCAAACAAUUCCAUCGGGAAGCUCGUCAAAUGAUCUUUGGAAGUUAACUGCGUUUUAUAUGUAUUUUUUAGCACAGUUAACUUCCAAAAAUCAUUUGACGACCUUUCCGAUAAAAUAUUUAUCUGAAAUUAUUGUGGAUAAACUAGAUUUAAUGAAGAACAUGCCAUAAAAAUUUCAUCAAAAAACUCCACCGGGAAGAUCCCCAAAAUCCGUCGGCCGGACGACGGUUCCUGUCCAGAAUUUAUCGGAAGACUACUCUACUAUGGAGUAUAUAUACUUAUAUAUUUUGGACGGUUAUCGGUGACCGACCGAUAACCGAUAAGUAUAACCGAAUAAAAACCGAAUAACCGAAUAACCGGUUCUUUUUAUUUUAUUAUAACCGAAAACCGACCGGAAAGUGAUUUUUUCGGUCGGUUCGGUCAUCGGUUUUCGGUCAGGUCGGUUAAAUCGGUUAUUUGCUCACCCCUAAAUUUUUCGUCGUCGUGAUUCCUCAUGCAUGUUAAUGUUUCCGGUGCUUGAGGACGUCGGGGUACUGUUGCCGGUCAUGAUGUAAGUAGGGUAUGUGUAAAUAACCGCUCUGAUACAAAAUUAAAUAUCAAGUAAUCGAGAGGAAUUUAGACUCGACUCCAACUAAACAGCCAAAGAAAUAGGAAAAAGGUGGGUAAGCUUUGACCACUAAAAAUAUUGUACAUCAAAUAAUACACGUAAAUAAUAUGCAUGGCUUCCAUGCAUGACGUGCAACAUUUAUUGAAUAGAUGAUAGCAGUUCACGUAGAGGUAGAGCAUUUAUUUUGUAUGAAUACAUGACCUUAUAUUCAAUUAAUCACUUAAAUAUGAGAAAGUAUUAGCAUUAAUUGUUAACACGCCAGACAAAACAUAGCAGGUGUUUCUACCUUUUUCCUUUAGUUUUACCAAAGGAAAACUAGCAAAGAUUUGUUUAUGCGAUUACUAGCAAAGAUUUCACAAUGACAAUUAAUAUUUAAUAUCCAAAUAUACUUAACCAAACACACACAAUUAAGAACAUGGUAUUUUAUUUUAUGAACUUUUACCUAAAAUUAAAUAAUAUCAUUUUGAAAUAUAAUAAGCGAAAUGUCAAUACUAGAACUAUAAUCAUAUCCUCACAAAACAUUUAGCGUGAUAUAUUUAUAUUUUUCGUAUUUAUAUUAUCAUGUAAGAUGGUAUAUUGUAAUAAAUUUCAAAUGUUACUAUCUAAAAUAUUUGUAACACUGUCUUUUUCAAAAAUGUUGAUUGCACUAUUAUGCAAGCAAAUUCAGUGAGUAGUACGAAUUCCUAUAUCAGACGUCUUUUUGUAUUAAACUUGAGUGAUGAGACUUGAUAAUUAAUGAACAAUUUGAUAUGUAAAAAUGUGAAACUUACAGUAAAAAAAUCGACUUAAUUUGGAUGUAUUAUCCAGUACAUGUUCAUUGUUCACUGCAAAAAGAACUUGCAAAAUAUAAAUGUGCAAAACUACAAAAAGCCAUUGCCUAAACCAUAAAUAUACACUCCAUAAAAGUUUGUUAAACCCCAAGAAAACGAAAGCGAAGCAAAAAGCAACCACAUGGAUUAUGAAUAUUACAUAGAGAACUUUUGUCAUUAGUCUCGGCUGUCUGAUCGCCUCCAUUUGAGGUGCUUUAAGGAAGAAUUUAUUAAUGAAAUUUCGUGAGAAUGUUUUUCAUGAAGUCAAAGGCAUCUUGACAACCCCUGAGGCUCUAGAAAGAAAAAUGUUUAAUAUUGACGUAUCAUAUUAAUGUGAUUUCUAUGAUAUGAAUUGAAUAAAAAUACAAAAUGUAAAAAAAAACAACGCAUAUUCAAAGUGCAUCAUAUAUAUAUAUAUAUAUAUAGAGAGAGAGAGAGAGAGAGAGAGAGAGAGAAGUCCCCCUUAAAAUGAGAAAUGAGAAGUGAGAAGUAAUCUCAGCCCUUAGAUUUGCAUCUAAUCUUACAACGCAGUAAACUUAUAGUCUGAAUAUAGGAACUUAUAACCAAUAAAUCAUAACUUAUAAAGUUCUCCAUCAUAAUUACGGAAAUGUCACCACGUCAAAAAAAAUUGAAGGUUUCGGGAGUUAGUUUUUGCGGUGGCGUUUUCAUAAUUAUUUUCGAGGGGGUCUAUAAGUUAUGAUUUAUUAGUUAAAAGUUCGUGUUUUUAGUCUAUAAGUUAAACUUCGCAGUUCUCAGCCUAAGGGCACUUCUCACCUGAUCCGAUCCCUAUAUAUAUAUAUAUAUAUAUAUAUAUAUAUAUAUAUAUAUAUAUAUAUAUAUAUAUAUAUAUAUAUAUAUAUAUAUAUAUAUAUAUAUAUAUAUAUAUAUAUAUAUAUAUAUAUAUAUAUAUAUAUAUAUAUAUAUAUAUAUAUAUAUACCUAUAUAGGGAACGGUUCCGGUAAGCAUGGACUCCCAGGAGAGAAAUGAGAACGAAUCUGGACCGUUAGUAUUAUGUGGAACUGAAUUGUGCAUUUGGUGAAACUGAAAUGUGCAUCAGAUGAUAUUGAAAUGUGCAGAAUAAAAAUUUAAACUCAAAUGUACAUUAGAUGAAACGGAAAUGUGCGGAAUAAAAGGUACAAAAAUAACAUCAUAUCGUACCUUUUAUUUUGCACAUUUCAGUUUCACCUGGUACACAUUUCCAUUUCACUUAAUGCACAAUUCAGCUACACAUAAUGUCACUCUAUCGUACCAUUUGUGCUGCACAUUUCAAUUUCACCUAAUGCACAUUACAAUUUCAUCUUAUGCGCAUUGAAUUUCACUUAAAGUAAAUCUAACGGGCCAGAUUCAUUCUCAUUUGUCUCCUAAGAUCUUAUUCUUAUUUGAACCAAAAUAUAUAUAUAUAUAUAUAUAUAUAUAUAUAUAUAUAUAUAUAUAUAUUGUGAACAUCAAGAUAAUGAAAUUUUAUAUGUAAACAUAUGUAAAAUGAACCAACACUUACACUUCAUGUGUCCUAGAUAAAAUGGAGUAUCAUUUAUCUUUUUUUGGACGUUUCUUUUAAAAAAUUCGCAUUCUCACUUUCGUUUUAGAAAAUAAUUUACUCUUUUAAAUUGUAAUUUAACCAUCACAUAUUAAAAUUAAUAGUUUGAUAACAUCACAUUUAUAAUCAUAUUCAUUACUCCGCUAUAUUCUAUACUUCCCGUCAUUAUUUAUUAAGUUAUAUUCAAAUUAUCUUAUUUAAUUACUAUGUAUUACCUUAAAAAUGUUCCCCUUAAAUGAAACCCUUAAAAUGAGAUGAAGUAAAACUUUUUAAUCCUUACAAUUGUUGAUUUUUUAUUGCCCAGUAACAUACUUAAGAAAAAUCACAAAGAAAGCGGACAAUAAAAAGGUAAAGUUUACAAAUAAGAAAUACUACUAGUUAUUAGUGAAAAUAAAAGAUCAAAGUAAAUAAUUAGUCCCAUCAAAUUAAUUAAACAUUACUUUAAUAAUUAAGGUAACUACGAGCCUUACAACUAGUUAAAGCUAAAAUUACUUGAGCCAAAUUUUAGACUACCAAUAUACUCCCUCCAUUCCAUAAUGAACUUCACAAUUUAACCUACACAUAUUAAGGAAAUAAACUUACAAUGAGAUAAAUUAAUGUUUUAAUUUGACACUGUUUUGACACUGUUUGACACUGUUUUGCACUGUUUCGACACUGUUUGGCACUGUUUUACACUGUUUGAUACUGUUUUGAUGUAGAUUAACUUGUCAUUUAAGGAAAUGAGAACUUGUUUAUGGGACAUCCAAAAAGGGAAAGUGGAAAGUUCAUUGCGGGACGGAGAGAGUAUCAAACUAUCUAAAUUAAAAUAGAUAUUUUAUAUUAGUAAUAAUAGUUUUGAGACCCCACUAGAAUAUGAGGCCAAGGCAAAUGCCUAGCCUUACUCAUAUGAAAGCCGCCUCUGCUGAUGAAGUUUAGAUUAGGUUAAAUAAAAAAAAUCAACUUAAAAUUGAAUCGGGAAGUCCGUUAAAUAAAUUAUCGGAAAACACUGAGUUGUUAUGUACUCCCUCCAUCUCAAAUUGUUUUGUAAAGUCAAUAUUUUUUGAUCAACCAAUAAUAAAAGUCUAUCCUCCCUAUCGAUAAUUAAUUCAAAUUUUAAUAAUUAAAAUUUAAAUAUUCAGAAACUUCAUUAAAAUCUUUUCAAAGUUGCAAAUUUCAAAUUAGAAAAUAAUUAAAAUUUAACAUCCUAAUUAAGCAAAUAAAAUGAAACAGUUUGACCAAGAAAAGUUAAAUUUGCAAAUCAAUUUGGGACGGAGAGAGCAUAUAUUAUGGCACAUUGCUUUUCAAUAAUUUAUUUAACUGACUUCCGGGUUGAAUUUUAAUCUGAAAUUUUAAGUACGUAAUCUACACUUCAUGACAAACAUACUUACAAAAUCUUAUAAAAAUUGCACCAGUAAGUAUGUCAAAUAGAAUCGGCUCGACGGCAGUUCCGACCAAUCCGGACUAAUGAGAAAAGUACUCAUAUAACAAAAAUAACAAUAAUAGGAUAGGCCGGAUUAAAACAAAGAACGGAGUGUUUUAUCGAAAAGCAGGCCAGUGAUCGUUAUGCAAAGAAAAGAAAUCAAAAGGGGCAAAUAAGCCCACGUACUAAUCAAAAAAGGUCAAAUAAGCUCUUAUAUAGGAGGCUAUGUCCGGCCGUCGUCAUUUGGGGUGGUUCCAGGUGGAAAUUUUUUAUGCAAUUUUUUAGCAUAUUAUUCAUCAAGUCUAGUUUACUCAUACCAAAUUUCAGCUAAAACUUCAAUGAGGAAGGCAUUCAAAUGAAUUCUUGAAGAUAACUGCGCAGUUAAAAGCGCAGUUAUCUUCAAGAAUUUAUUUGAUUGCCUUCUCCAUUGAAUUGUUAGCUGAAAUUUGGUAUGAGUAAACUAGACUUAAUGAAUAAGAUUCUCAAAAAAAUUCAUCAAAAAAUUCCACUGGGAACUGCCCCAAAUGGCGACGUCCGGACAGAUCUAGUCUCCUAUGUAAGGGCUUAUUUGACCUUUUUUGGUUAGUGUGUGGCUUAUUUGCCCUUUUUCCCAAAAAAUGUACGAGUAACAAAGAUUGUUUCUAUCUGAAACGAAAAAAUUGAAUAAAAUAACAGAAAUCCUAUUCUUUAGCUCUGGAAGUUUGAAUUUACUCAUUCUUCAGCUAAUUCUUCACCAAACUCUCACGAAAAUAGAAAAAACCCCAACAAUUCUUAUUUCAUUUCAAAACUAGUUAACCAGUUUAUUAUCCCAGGUUCAUUUUCAUCACAUGCAUCUCCUGAAAGAUCAAACCUUGAAAUCGCUCAUGUGGCUGCCAAGGACUUCAUAGUUUAUACCCUCAUCCAGGUAAACUAAAAAAAAAAAAUUGAUCACAUUUUUAGAUUUAUCUGCUGAUGAGAUAGCUAGGCUCACGUAUUGAAAACUCCAUGAGAGAAGUCAUAGAAGCUAUGGAGAAGGUUAUACCUCAAAAGAAGGGACUCAUCUCUUGCAAAUCCCUUUUUGAGAUGUUACGUUCUGCAAUAUCAUUCAAUGCUAAUCAAGAAUGCAGAGACGGGCUCGAGUUGCGAAUCGGGAAACAGCUUGAUCAGUCAAAGGUCAAGGAACUACUUCUCAUACCUCCUGCCCCAGAAGAAAAGUAUGACACUGAGUGCAUGAAGAGGAUAUUGAAGAUUUAUUAUGACAACUACACGAGCUCGGAGUACUCGGGUUUCGUUAAAGUGGCAAACCUCAUGGAGGAAUUUUUGUGCGAGGUCGCGAGUGACAUGGACCUAAAAGUGGACACAUUUGCAUCACUUGCAGACUUAUCUGCUUCCGUAUCGGUUGAAGCCAAACGGAACUCUGAUGGGAUCUACCGUGCGGUAGAUAUUUACUUGGACAAGCACAGAUAUUUGACAGAGAAGGAGAGGGAGAAGGUGUGUGAUGUUCUGGAUUGCAGCAGGAUGUCAAUUGAAGCAUGCCAGCACGCUGCUCAGAAUGACCGCUUGCCUACCAGGUUGGUGGUGCAGAUCUUGUUUGCAGGACAGAUGAGGUUGAAGGACACAGUGGGAAAAGAGAUGAUUCAAUCUUGUGGGGCUUUGAAGGUUGAGAAGAAAGAUGGAGGGGUGGAGUUGAGUGCAAGUGAAGAUGAUGAUCAGGGGGUGAAGGCAGAGAUUGAAAAGAUGGGGAACAAGGUGUUGGAGUUGGAGAAAGAAUGCAAUAUGAUGAGGAUGCAAAUUCAAAAUGGGGUUUUGAGUAACAGUAAGGAGAGGAAUGAGAAAAAGAAGAUGAGUGUGUGGAAAGAAAUGAAGAGGAAGUUUGGAUGCAUGACCACCAUGCAUGAUUGCAGCAACAGCCAUGUGCAGAAGAAGAAAAAGGUGCAUCCAAGAUAGUAUGUACUAGCAACCAGCAUAGGAUCAGACUCCAGUUGCUUUUUUCCAAUAAAAUUAUAUGAUCUGUCAUGUUUUUUGGCUUGGGUAAAUUCCUAUU